AUGCACGCGACCCGGGAUCUUGGCGGCGGUGGCCUUUCCUCCGGGACCCUCAGCGUCGGCUCGGUCCUCCACCGCCAGGGGGCGUGCGCGGCUCCGCGGUUGCCGGGCUCAUUGGCCGCGUCGGGAAGCGUGGGAGGAGGCCUGGGGCGAGCUGGCUUCCUCCUCGGCGCGAGCGGACGCGCGGCGAAGCCGGAGGAGCCGGGGGAAGCCGAGGCGCGAUCGGCGCGCUCGGGAGGCGGCGGCGGCGGCGGCGGCGGCACCUCCCGACAGCCUCCGACAGGAUUGACGGCGGCGCGACCGCAGACGGGACCUUCUUUCAGAGACGUGCUAGAGAGUGAGAAGGCAAACAUGAGGGUAGCAGGAGCCGCAAAGUUGGUGGUGGCCGUGGCAGUAUUCUUACUGACCUUCUAUGUUAUUUCUCAAGUAUUUGAAAUUAAAAUGGAUGCAAGUUUAGGAAAUCUAUUUGCUCGAUCCGCGCUGGACUCAGCCAUUCGUCCUACGAAACCUCCGAGGUACAAGUGUGGGAUCUCAAAAGCGUGCCCAGAGAAGCAUUUUGCUUUUAAGAUGGCUAGUGGAGCAGCCAAUGUCGUGGGACCCAAGAUCUGCCUGGAGGACAAUGUUUUGAUGAGCGGUGUGAAGAAUAAUGUCGGAAGAGGAAUAAAUAUUGCCUUGGUAAAUGGGAAAACAGGGGAAGUGAUAGACACCAGAUUUUUUGACAUGUGGGGAGGAGGUACGUGCAGCUUACACUGUGUCCCCGCGGCUCUCACUGAACCAUCUGAGAGAGAACUGUUCCCAUUUCCCUCCCUCGGGCCUCACUGGUUAAUUUCUGAAAAUGGAAUUAACGGUCAAGGGCUCACGGAUGAGGCACGGCGGCUCAUUGCUGAACUGGGCAGCACUUCGAUCACCAGUCUUGGUUUCCGAGAUAACUGGGUCUUCUGUGGUGGGAAGGGCAUUAAGACAAAGAGUCCCUUUGAACAGCACAUAAAGAAUAAUAAGGAAACGAACAAGUACGAGGGAUGGCCUGAGGUGGUGGAGAUGGAAGGAUGUAUCCCCCAGAAGCAAGACUGACGGGAAGGAACGAGAGGCGAGGAGGAACGCACUUUGACUCUGCAGGAGAGCGGUCAGGCAGCCGCUCUGUGUACAUAUUUCAGUAGCAUGUGGCCGUCCAGGGUGUGCAUGAGCAAGACCGUCUCUGUCGAUUCCAGGAUUAUUUAUUGCUAACAGAAAUGGCUACCUUUCUGUAAAUAGUCUUCAUUGAGCCAAUCACUGAACUAUUUGUAAGCACAUUUCCCUGAAAGUACAACGUGUAGACGACAAUGGCAAUAAUGUGUUUUAAUCCUAAAAGCAUAUUCAGGGGGUAACCACGCAGGUUGUACAGGACGCUGAUAUUUAUCCUGGUUGCUGGGAAACCCUAUCAUGGAAUAACGUGGCUUUUAGGGAGGAGAUUUUGUUCGUAUAUGUGUCUCUGUAUAAAUAUCUGGCAUGUUAUGACAGUAUCCUUUAAAUGAAAGAGAUUUUUGGUUAGUUGUCUGUGUACUGUCACCUUACAGUCCGACUCCUGUUGUAUCUUUUCACAGUCUUUAUUUUUGUCUUUCCAAAGAAAUCCAGAAAUAAAAUGUUUCACACGAAAAUUUAUAUCAGAUUUGUGAAAAGCACAACAGUUUUUUGUUGUUGUUAUUUUUUUUUUAAUAACAGUGAAGAGGAACAUUAAUGUAGGUGUCAUUCCGAGCUCAUUUUCUCAAUUCUGUGUUAGCGGUGUGAAUUCUGUGAUUCUGUGUAAGCUGUGUAGAGUGAGCCUAGGGGUGGGAUUCCACAGAACUGGGGGGCCAGGCCGAGUCCCUUCCUCAACCUAAUCAGGUCAUUCAAGACAACUGGGUCAGUACAUUUAGAGUAAUACAGGCAUUUAUCUGCUUUCAUCGACCACAUGAUUUUAGAACAGGAAUACUUGACUAUCAUAGCCUUGAUUUGUAAACCAAGAAAUUCUGUUAUUUAUUUCUAACUUUGUGAUAGCAGCUGUUGCCUAAACGUGUAGCAGAAGCUUUGAAAAGUCCCAAUUAAUGUUUUUUUUAGGGCAUUCCAUGCCUAUUGUAUAGGUGACGUACAUUAAAUCCUCAUGUAUGGAAUCACUUCAAAUGCAACAUAAACAAAUGAAAUGUUCAUGCUGCCCUUUGUGGGAUGAGGCCACACGUAAAAUCUGAACCUAAAAUUUAGGUGGUUUGUAUAAAAAUCUAAAAGCAGUAUUUGCUAUUUUGUUAAAAGCUAGAAGCCGUCCAGGUGUCCCCUUCUUGACUGUUACUGACCUGUGCUACUGUUUCUUUCCUCAUUGAAUGUAGUUCAUAAGGAGAUAAAUAAUCGUCUGUGCUCAGAGAAGUUUUGUAAACUUUAAAUGUAGAGUCCUGGUGCUCCUGUACUAACACAUCCAGCAUGUAUGGUUUAGCCUUUUUUUUUUUUUUUUAAAUACAGUUCUAGGGAUGGGAAAAUAAAUAAACAUUGCAGGGUUAUUUUUCUUUUUUAAUACUGAAUAUAAGUACUCUUGGUUUGACAUUGUGAAUUUUUUAUUUUUCAUUUUUGUAUUUGACAAAGCACUAUACCUGUAGAACAUCCCCUGAAAUUCUCCCCUUUUUUGGGGGGUGGGGGAGAUACAUCUUAACAUGUAAAAAUUAAGUUUUUGCCAUUCAACAUAGUAGUAUCAUAUCGCCUGGAUAUAUUGGACUGUGUAUGGAAGUAAAGUUGCUUGAUAACAGGCUAACCCUUUGAGAGAUGGCUUUUCCAUUUGUAUAAACUUUUGGGAGGGAGAAGACGGGUUCUGUAACUGCUGUGGUGCAGUAGGGUUUUUUUGGCCUGGAUUCUGUCUUGUCUUGGUUAUACCGGCUUAACUCUGGAAGCAAUAAUCAACUGUUUUACGUUCACAUCAGCCUUAGAAGUGGAACAAUGCUCACUUAAUGUUGAGAACGAGUUUUCUUUAUUAAAAUCAAAACUCUUUAA